GGGGAUAUGGGGAGAAGGCAGGAACGGGGCACUGAUUGGGCAGGAUGCCAUGAUCACAUUGAAUGGCGGUGCUGGCUCGAAGGGCCAAAUGGCCUACUCCUGCACCUAUUGUCUAUUGUCUAUUGAAAUAUGCCAUUAAGCUGGAAAGGACACAGAGAAGAUUUACAAAGAUGUUGCCAGGACUCAAGGACCUGAGCUAUAAGGAGGUUAUAGUUAUUGGGGAAAACCUCUUCACCCAGAGAGUUGUGAAUCUGUGGAAUUCUCUGCCACAGAAGGCAGUGGAGGCUAAUUCACUGGAUGUUUUCAAGAGAGAGUUAGAUUUAGCUCUUAGGGCUAACGGAAUCAAGGGAUAUGGAGAAAAAGCAGGAAUGGGGUACUGAUUUUAGAUGAUCAGCCAUGAUCAUAUUGAUUGGCGUUGCUGGAUCAAAGGGCCGAAUGGCCUACUCCUGCACCUAUUUUUCCAUGGUUCUAUGAGAGGUUGGGCAGCCUAGGACUUUAUUCCCCACGACUUUACAACUCUAUGUAUUUUGAGCCUCUUAUAUUGCUGAGCUUUGCACUAUCAUGUGCAUCCUUUUCUAUUUUUACAUCAAGGUUAUAGUUGUUAUUUUCCAUGGAGUCAGAUGAAGUCGUUACGUGGAGGUGGCCAAGAUGGCGGAUGAGAAAAAUGCGGUGGAUGUGGUGUACAUGGACAUCAAGAAGAGCCAUUGACAAGGAAGCCCAACGGAGAGGGUCUCCGCACCAAGCCUAUGAGUUCCAGUUUUGGAGCAGCUUAUGGGUGGAUGAUGUGCAUUUUCACCGCGGUUAUGACCCACAGCAUCAUGUGCCCCAUCAUUGCUCAAUUUGAUUGACUGAGAGGUACAACAAUGGAAACAGGCCUUUCGUCCCAGAGGAGGAUGUUAAGGCAGGCACUAGGAUGUGAAGCUGGAGUCCAGAAACAAGUGCCACCGUCUGAGACCAAGGCAUCGGCAAUUUAGUGAUGGAGGUGAUUAAGGUAGAUCAGUUUAUUAAGGUGGAUCAGUGAAAUUCAUUGUUGACAUGAAUACAUCAUAUAGUAAUGAUAAACAACCGUGCAGGGGAUGGAGGGACAUGGGUUAUAUGCAGGUCAUCAUCGCCGGUCACUAGAAACAAGUAUGACGGUCCUCACCGCCCCAUAGGGUGGUCUACUUGUGGGUCUGCAGAUGUCUGUAGAGACCGAUCCGCGAUCCACACACCUGGGUGCAACGCGGGCAGUGGAGACUGGUGGUGGUUGGUAGUUGUCGAGCCCCCUUUCUCUCUCUCUCCUUACGAUGCUGUCACUUUGUCUCUGCGACACGGCGUAUUUCCGUUUCAUGACGUGCAGCUCCUUCCUGCACGGAUUUCCUCCAGGAGCGCCUGUCCAGUGUUAGAAAUAUUUUCCCGUGAAAUCAUGACAUUAAAACCUCAAGAACCUACACACCUAUUGAAGUUCCCCUUUAAAAUCGCAACAGAAAAAUUUAAAUAUUUGGGUAUUCAGAUUACUAGAAAAUAUAAAGCAUUAUUCAACGCUAAUUUCAUACCGUUAUUAAAUAAACUUAAUACGCUGAUUGAAUUUUGGAAAACACUUCCCUUAUCAUUAUUAGGUAGAAUAAAUGCAAUAAAAAUGAUCUUCCUACUACAAUUACUAUACCUAUUUCAGUCUAUACCGGUAUAUAUACCAAAAUAUAUAUAUUUUAAAUUAGACUCUAAUAUUACUAAUUAUAUUUGGGACUAUAGAUCACAUAGAAUCACAAACAAACACUUAUGUAAACCAAAAGAGGUCGGGGGACUUUCACUUCCGAAUUUUAUGUAUUAUUACUGGGCAGUGCAUUUUAAGAAUAUGAUUUAUUGGUUGGAUAGUUCUACCCAACAGAGAGAAUGGAUAAAAAUGGAGAAGGAGGAUUGCCAUCCUUGUAAUAUAGGAACGAUCCUCUUCUCCCCAAAAAAAUUGAAUAACACAAUAUAUAAGAAGAACCCAAUUAUAUAUGGUACAAUAAGAAUUUGGAAACAAAUAAAAUUAUAUUUAAAAUUAAGAAAUCUAUCAUUGUUAAUGCCAAUAGCGAAUAACCCUUUAUUUAAACCAUCUCUUAUUGAUAAGACAUAUAACCAAUGGGAAAGUCUCGGAAUUAGAAGGAUCGGGGAUAUGUAUGAAAUGGGAAACCUACUAUCAUUCCAACAAUUACAAUUAAAAUUUAAAUUGAAAAACAAACAAUAUUUUAAAUAUCUUCAGAUUUGCGAUUUGAAAAAAUAUAUACAAGGAUAUCAAAAAAUAACCUCUGAAGUAUUGGAAGAAGCAAUGAAUAUUGAAACUGACUCACAAAAAUUAAUAUCAUAUUUAUAUAAUAGUAUUCUAAAUAUAGACCUACCAUCGACAGAGGUACUUAGAGAAUAGUGGGAACAGGAACUAAUGAUAAAAAUCACGAAGGUUACAUGGGAAAAAUACUUGAUAUAUAUUCACAAAUGUUCAAUUAAUGUAAGACAUCAUCUAAUUCAAUUUAAAAUUGUACAUAGAUUAUAUUAUUCAAAAACAAGACUGAACAAAUUUUAUCCAAAUAUAUCCGCCACUUGUGAUAAAUGUCUAGCCCAAAAGGCAACUAUAACACACUCCUUAGUUUCCUGCAUAAAACUUUAUAGAAUUUGGAAUGAUAUUUUUGAAAUAUUUACAAAAUUAUUCAAGUCAAGAAUGGAACCUAAUACUGAAAUUAUUAUAUUUGGCGUAAUGGAAGAUGGGAAUAAAUUGAACACAUCUCAAAAUCUAUUCUUUAACUAUGGUUUAAUAAUAGCAAAUAAAUUAAUACUUACAUUUUGGAAGGGUACAUCAAUACCAACGCUUAAAAUGUGGAUUGCAAGUAUGUUAGACACAGCUCAUCUUGAGGAAAUGCGAUUCCUCCUAAUGGAUAAAUCAGACCAAUUCAUAAUGAGUUGGUCUUCAUUUGUCUUUUUUUUGGAAUCAUAUGGUGCAACACAAUUGUAAAAAUUAACUGUUUCAGGACUGGACGAGGGUUGGUCAAGAUUAUAAAUAAUGAUCUCCUUUUUUUAUUUUAUUUUCUUUUCUUUUUUCUAUUUUCUCUUUCUCAACUUUCUUCAUUUACUCGUUUUCUUUCUUCACACACUA